UUUGCUCGCCUCUUCUCAGCGCGGAAAGGAAGCGGCGGCAGCGCCUCGUCCGGCUCCUCCCUCUUCCUCGGAGGACGGAAACGGAUCCUUGGCGGUCCUGGGCCUCCUCCCUUGGGUUUACCCGGCGCGCGCUCUGGCUGAAGGGGCGCGAUGGCCAAGAGCGCCCGGCAGCGCCUGAUGGACGCCCUGGAGAACUUGCACGACGGCGAGCUGCGCAAGUUCAAGGCGAAGCUGGCCGAGAUCCCGCUCGAGGAAGGCCACGAGCAUAUCCCCCGAGGGCGGCUGGAGAAGGCGGACGCGGUGGAUCUGCCCAGUCUGCUGAUCGGCUACUACAAGCAGGAUUACGCCCUGCGCCUCACCGCGCAGGUCUUGGAAGAGAUCCACUGCAAGGACCAGGCACAGAAGCUCCGCGGAGGCGGAGGCGGCGAGAAGACUGCUUGCUGUAAUCCUGAGAUCCCUGUGCCUUCCACCAGUACCACCUCCGGAAGAAAUGAGACACAGCCUCCAGCCCCACCGGAGCAGCAUUUCAUUGAGCGGCACCGGGAGGCCCUGAUCCAGAGGACGGCCACCGUGGAGGGGAUCCUGGACGUGCUACAUGGCGAUGUCCUGGAUGAUGAGCAGUACCAGAAGAUCUCCGCCAAAAGCACCAACCAGGAAAAAAUGCGGGAGCUCUACAGGUUGCUGCCCAGCUGGAACCAAGCUUGCAAGGAUAAGCUGUACCAAGCCCUGAAGAUGAAAAACAGGUUCCUCGUUGAAGACCUGGAAGGAUAAAGAGGCAGCCAAGGCGCAACCCCAUUCUGGGACACAGGAAUUCCAUCUCGGCAUGCCUUGAGGACAUAUGUGGCAUUUGCCUGUUCUUUUGGAAAUGUCUAUACAGGGAGAGAGAAAGGGUUAAUAGGUAGACCAAUAGAAAAGCCCAGAGGCGGAGUCUACCUGAUUUUAAAAGGCUUAGCCAGAGGUUAGACAGUUGGGAAAAAGCAGUUGGAAAUAGAGAGACAGUUAGUUUGGUUGGUUUAUUUUGGGUGGGAGACAUAGGAGUCAGAGUGAGUUAGAGACAGAGG